GUAGAAGCGACCGGGCGCUGCGCCGCCGGCACCAUGCGCCCCCCGUCCGCGCCGGCCCUGGCCGCGCUCUGCCUGCUGGCGCUGCCCGCCGCCGCCGCCGCCGCCUACUUCGGCCUGACCGGGCGGGAGGUCCUGACGCCCUUCCCAGGGCUGGGCACUGCGGCGGCCCCAGCGCAGGGUGGGGCCCACCUGAAGCAGUGUGACCUGCUGAAGCUGUCCCGCCGGCAGAAGCAGCUCUGUCGGCGGGAGCCUGGCCUGGCUGAGACCCUGCAGGACGCUGCCCACCUCAGCCUGCUUGAGUGCCAGUUCCAGUUUCGGCACGAGCGCUGGAAUUGCAGCCUGGAGGGGAGGACAGGCCUGCUCAAGAGAGGUUUCAAGGAGACGGCCUUCCUGUACUCGGUGUCCUCAGCUGCCCUCACCCACACGCUGGCCAGGGCCUGCAGUGCUGGGCGCAUGGAGCGCUGCACCUGCGAUGACUCUCCGGGCCUGGAGAGCCGGCAGGCCUGGCAGUGGGGCGUGUGUGGCGACAACCUCAAGUACAGCACCAAGUUUCUGAGCAACUUCUUGGGGCCCAAGAGAGGAAGCAAAGACCUGCGGGCACGGGCAGACGCCCACAACACCCACGUGGGCAUCAAGGCUGUGAAGAGUGGCCUCAGGACCACUUGUAAGUGCCAUGGCGUGUCAGGCUCCUGUGCCGUGCGCACCUGUUGGAAGCAGCUCUCCCCAUUCCGAGAGACAGGCCAGAUGCUGAAGCUGCGCUAUGACUCAGCUGUCAAGGUGUCCAGUGCCACCAAUGAGGCCUUGGGCCGCCUGGAGCUGUGGGCACCUGCUAGGCCAGGCAGCGCAACCAAGGGCCUGGCCCCCCGGCCCGGGGACUUGGUCUACAUGGAGGACUCACCCAGCUUCUGCCGGCCCAGCAAGUACUCCCCUGGCACAGCGGGCCGAGUGUGUUCCCGGGAAGCCAGCUGCAGCAGCCUGUGCUGCGGGCGGGGCUACGACACCCAGAGCCGCCUGGUGGCCUUCUCCUGUCACUGCCAGGUGCAGUGGUGCUGCUACGUGGAGUGCCAGCAGUGCGUGCAGGAGGAGCUGGUGUACACCUGUAAGCACUAGGUCUGCUGCCCAGCGUGCCAGCUGGGCACUGCCGGGACCCCCUCGGGGCCGGCUCCUCGAAGCCACCUGCAGGCAUGCGCUCAUCGACGUGUGUGCCAGAGCAUGCGCACUCCUGUCUCCAUCGGGCCGGGCCGUCUUCCCCUCCCUCAGCUCUCAGAAUGAGAGGUGCAGGCCCUUCCACCGAAGCCGGGGUCUCCAACCUUUUUGAGGACUUGGAACAGGAAGGCAGAAUGGGAAAGACGUAGAAGGAAAAAGACCAGGAGGAGGGCAAGACCAAGGUUCAGAGGGGAGAGGGGGAAUCUCCCACCAUCUCAAUGCCUGGGAUAAGUGGUCUGGAACCAGAAAGAGGCAGGGAGUUGAGCUUCUGAGUCAAGAAGGCACAGGGAGGCAGUGUCAGCCGGGAUGGGACGGUCCCUCCUGUUGGGCCUGCUGAGGUGGCAGCGAGCCUGGGGACCACACACCAGCGCUACCUGAAUGGCUUUGCUGUACUAGAGAUGAGGGGAAAGGCCAGGUGAUGGGAGCUCUUGGUUUGGAGGAAAAAAGGUUUUCUGGGCAUGAGUGGACCCAAGUCAGACACAUGCCCUGGAACUCUGUGUCCUUGACUUUGUUUUAAAAUAUGCCUGUGCUGAGGCCUCAUUCUUGUCCUGAGAGCUGUAAUCCACACCCACCCAGCCUUGCUCAGUCAGAGCACCAGCGGAUGUAGGACCCAUAGGGAGAGCCAGUCCCCAGGGUGGGGCUCAGAUGGGGCACUGAGGUGGCACAGAGACACAGGGAACCCUUCCUGUUUUCCCUGGGACACAGACCCUUUAGUCCCAUCCCAGGAGAGGGUCCCUGCCCCCUGGUGCCAGGCAGGGAUGGGGCAAGCUCAGUUUCUUGACCUCUCUUGCAGCCAGCUUUGGUCAGCUGCCUGGUAGCUGGGGUUCCCUCCAUGCUGUGAGGUUCCAACACAGUUGACAUUCAUGAUGCAGGAGAGUUGGCAUAUGCCUUCUGAUUCUGGUUACACUUCUACUCUUACAGCUACUCAUCUAGUUAAGGUUUUGCCCUGGCUAGAGGUAUAGGGACAUGAAAAGUCUUUGCUAAACCUGGUUUCUUGGGGGUCUUUUCAUUUGCUAUUGGCCCCACACUCUGGUUCUACCUGAGGGACAGAAGUGACUUUGGUAGUUUUCUCCAGUCCUGUGGACGUUUUCAGUGCUACCUACCAGGCCCUGUAUGGGCCUAGGAGAGAGAGGCUGGUACACACACACGUGUGCACACACACCCCAUGGACCUGCCAGGCUGAGGGCUCCCUUCAGCAGCACACAGCCCUCUGCUUCAGCACCAAGGCCUUGCAGGGAUCACCUUUCUGGAGGCUGUGUGCUUCCCCAGAACAGGGCUCAAUGCCAGCUGGGAGGAAGUGGCCUCCUCUGGGAUGCCCUUGGCCACUUUGCUGGCCCUGCCACACCCUCUGUCAGCUUCCUUUCUCCCUGAACCCAGAGUUGCUGACCCUCGGCUGAAACAGGAAACUUCAGAAUCAGCAGAAUGCUCAAAAACCGUCCAUGAAAGCCCCAGGAAGAAGCCCUGGGGGCCCCCUGAGACCCGCAAGGGUGAGAAGGAGCUACCCUGUUCUCAGUGGACCAGGGCAGCCUGCAGGACGCUGGAAGGAUCUUUGGCUGCAGCGGCUCCGAUGAGACCCCUUUCUAGACUGACUGCUGACCCAAGCAGCUGGCCCACAUCUUGGCGGAAAGAGCAAAAUGGAGACAGGGCUUGUUUGCUCGUUUCUUUCCCACCCCCAUCGCAAGGAGACGUCCUCUCAGUUGGCCGAUUCAUCCUGCUCCUCUGAUCCCCAGCACUGCCUCCACCCUGGCGCAACCCGAGGUUCAGAAAGAGGGGUCCUGAUCCACCAACACACCACCUGCACCCCAGCCCCGUGGCCGGCAGUGUCAGGGUUGCAGGAGGAUAAAGGGCCGACUCUGAGCGACCAACACCAUGGCUGGCAACCAACGCUGACAACCCAGGCCAAGGGCACGGUGCAGGCUCUGAGGGCCCCUCGGCCUACAGGGUCAUCCCUCCCCAGCCCUUUCUUCUCUUCUCCUCCCUUGCUCCCUCUCUUUCUCUUCCAGUUGCCCCCAAAGUUCCACCUCAGCCCUGCUGGGACCCUGGGGACCGGUUACCACUGACGUCUCAUUCUGUAUAGCUUUAAGGGAAGCACUCACAGGGUAUUUGUUGUCUACCUCACAUAAAGAGAAUAAUUUAUAUAGCUAAGAUAUAUGAGAAAAUAUUUAUGUUAUUUAUAUAGUUCCUGUAUUCUAUGGGCAGCACCUGCAGCAACCCCCCCCCAGACCCACCCUUCCACGUGAGCCCCAGGGGCCUUGAUCCCCAUCCUCCUUCUGAAACCUGUAACUUCCCUGCUCUCCGGGGGCCCAGGCCCCCUCUUUUCCUCUGGCUGAACUAUCUUGCUCACAAUAAUAGUAACAAGGAUGACCACACCUUGCCUUUGUGAAGCACUUUCAAUCUUCAGAAACACCCUCACCCCUUUACACUCCCUUGCUUCCCCCAUUAUCCCUGCCAGUUGGUGGGGCCACAUCGCUGGGCCCCUUUUACAGCUGUGGCCAGGGAUGCAGGGCUAUGCUCAAGGUCGUGCAGAAGAGGUCCCUUCAGUGACUAUUUCCUGAGCUUCUCCAGAGGCCAGGCACUAUGGGAGCUGACCCAGCCUGAGCCCAGCAGCCCCAAAGCCUGGAUACGUCCCAAGCCCAAGGACCCAAGGAAGUGGCUGCUUCCCUGACCAUGUGCGACAUGGGCCCCUUGGGCCGGGACAGCACUUCAACAUUUUUCUAAGUAGAGUCCUGUGUCUCACAGGCUAGUACUGCCUGAGAAGUCUAGAGUGGCCAGGACAUGGUGGAGGCCACACGUGGGGCUCCGCCGUUGGCCCCCUCCUUCUGCCUAGGCUGCCCGAGCGAGUGGGCAACAUCACAGGGCUGCUCCCAGCCACUGGGGGGCUUGUUUGCUCUUAUUUGUGUUUUCCUUUUUAAAAUGGAUUAUUUGCCAUUGGCUUCCUGGCUUUUCUUGUAAAAUCAGCUGCAUUGAUGGAGUGGACCUGCAUCCCCACCUGGCCACAGAAGGGGAGCCCCAAAGGAUGGGAGGCACAGGGCUCCCCAUUUGCCAGGUACCACCCACCUCAGCCCACGUUACUCUGGCCCAUCCUCGUGGCUCCCAUGGGAGCGUCAUGUCCAUCCCCUGGUGCAGACAAACCCAGCCUCUCUGGUGUCCUCUUUGCCCGGAAUACAGAUGGACAGACCAAUGCCAACCCUGAAGAUUAUUUCUUGCUUUCCAGAGUUUUCUUUGUCAACAACCAUGAACUUCAAAUGCUUUUUUUCUUAGCACAUUUGAGAAUUACAAUGGGAGCUGUCAUAUAUUGAGUACCCGUUCUGUCCAUCCAUGCUAUCGACAAUUGUUUAGGGAGCUCCCACUGAGCGCCAGGCACCACCAUGGGGCUGGGGUGCAGGGGUGAGCAGAGACCAUGUCCCUGCCUCUUAGGGCUGAUGCUCUAGUGGGGGAGAGAGAGACAAUAAACCAAUAAACGACGUGUCAGCUGUCUGUGCCCUUUGUGUUUCGAUUGGUUGUGACCACCUGGCUCGUUGGACACAGCUGCCCCAACGGGAACGUUAGGGAGUUGGCGUUGUGAGAUGGGAAGGCCCAAACACCACCAGCACUGGUGUCAGGCUUGGAGCACAGAGCUGCCGGCCUCCAGCGCAUGUGUUCCUUCCUCUCUCACUGCUGCCGCCACUCAGAUGUGGGUAUUUCAGGGACGGGUCACCCCCUUUUAUGGAUUCU